AUUUAUUUGCCCGCAGCGCUGAAAGCCCACAUCGUCAGACGGUCAUCUUCCCCACAGACAGUGGAUUCGGCGGUGGUCACGGCACUGACCCGCGCCGCACCCCGCAGUCCUGCGGAGAUGCCAGGCGGGGUAUUCUUAGGGUUUCGCCUUCGAGCGCGUCUGCGCUGGGAUUUCACUGUGGGGCCUGGCACGAGCCCCACAUUGCACCGUUCCAGCCUAUUAAGUUAUCCACAUUACUUGUCCGUGGAGCUCAUGAUAUAAUAGAACUGCCACCGCCAUCGCCCUCCACACCCCCUGCGAUCUUCAUCAGAUACACCAAACUAGAUCUCUACGAUCUCCAGGCAGAGGCAGUCUUUCCAUAAUGAUCGAAAUCACCUUCCUCCAUGUCGUCGCCGCCAUUGUCGCCGUCCCCCUAGUCAUUAUCCUCCUCGAUCUCCGCAGGGUCCUGCGCAUGCCCCCAGGACCUUUCCCACUCCCGUUCAUCGGCAACAAGUUGAUCAUCCCGCAAUCCAAGCCAUGGAUCACUUUCCAGGAAUGGUCCUACAAGUACGGACCUAUCUUCACCAUCUGGAUCGGACGACGACCAACAGUCAUCAUCUCCGACCCCGUCAUCGCGGCUGAGCUCAUGGAGAAACGAUCCACAAAAUACUCAUCCCGACCUCGAUUCGUCACCAUGGGCGAGCUAUACAACAAGAUGUCCACCAUCCUCGUUCAGCCCUAUGGCAAAGAGUGGACUAUUCGUCGAAAACUUCUCCACCAGGCGCUGAACCCUUCUGCUUUGCGUCUCUACAAGCCCAUCCAGACCGCCGAGGCCUCUCGUCUCUGCCAUCAGCUUAUCGAAAGCCCUGCAGACUACGAAAUGCUCGUCGACCGAUUCACGUCCGGAAUCGUCUUUGCCGUUGCUUAUGGCCAUCGCAUUGACUCGUUCGACGCCAAGGUCAUCCGUCGCCGCCUCGAGUUCAUGCAGUACAUGUCUUCGCUCAACGUCCCCGGCGCCUACCUUGUCGAGUCGCUCCCCUUCCUCAAGUAUAUCCCGAAUGUCCUCGCUCCUUGGAAGAAAACGAUCGAGGAGAAGGGCUACGAGGAGGCGCGCGAUAGCUUGGCUCUGUUUAACUCUGUUAGAACCGAGAUGCAAGCUGCCGCGGCUAAAGGUGAAGAGGUUGCCGACUCUCUUGCCAAGCUGCUGAUUACAAUGAACGAGAAGGAGCCCAUCCCUCUCUCCCAGCGUGAUAUUGCGUCUGUGCCGUCCAGUCUCUUUGGCGCAGGAUCCGACACCACUGCGUCCACUAUUUGCUCUUCUAUUCUCGCAAUGGUCACACACCCUGAGGCUCUGCGCGCUGCUCAAGCGGAGCUUGAUGCUGUCAUUGGACCUGACCGCUCGCCCACUUUCGACGACGAGCUCAAGCUUCCUUUCCUCAAGGCUUUCAUGAAGGAGACUUUGAGAUGGCGUCCGGUUGCUGUUCUGGGCGGUACUCCUCAUUCAUCAUCGGAAGACGAUGUUUACAACGGAUACCUUAUCCCCAAGAACACCACGAUCCUCGGAAACUCAUGGGCCAUCAACUUGAACGAGAAAUACUACCCCAACCCCCACCACUUCAACCCCAAGCGUUUCCUUGACGACGCCGUCGUGCCCAAGUAUGCGUCUGAGAAGGAUGAUAUGGAGAAGGGUGUUGCUCACCCCAACAGAGACGGCCACUCUUCUUUCGGCUGGGGUCGUCGCGUGUGCCCAGGUGCUGGUAUCGCUUGGAACAAUCUUUACAUUGCGCUGGCAAAACUCAUCUGGGGAUUCGACAUCAUGCCUAUUCCUGGUGUCAAGUACGAUACUUUUGACUACACCGAGGGAUUUAACAGCCGUCCUAAUCACUUUGAGUGCAUCAUCAGACCCAGAAGCGAGCAUCACAAGGAGGUUCUAGAGCGGGAGUAUGAAGCCGCACUUGAAACUGUUAUGAAGCUUCCUCCAUUUGAAUAAGCAGGAAGAUGAUAUAAGUGGUGAUUAGCAUAUAGCAUUCAAUAUAGGGCAUUAUAUUUAUCAAGCAUGGAGAAGACCGCUCAGAAAUAGGAUAAAAACUGCGCGACCACCAUAGAAUCCUACGCAGAGAUAAUGCGUGCUCACAA